AGCUGUUUCCCUGUGGGUCCGGCCGGACUGACUUUUGACAGUCAGCCUUCAGCUGCGGCGGGGGCCUGGCGGGGGCCAGCCGGCAAAGUCGCGCGGGGGAAGGCGGCGUGGAGGCGGGCCGAGCCGGGCGCCGCGGGCGGAGCGCGGCGAGCAGGCUCCCGGCGCGUCCCGAGGGUUCCGGUUUGAAGAUCUGACUUCUCCUCGCCCAUUGGAUUAUGCCCAAGGCUUUCCUACCCAAUGAUCCUCUUGCAACACGCCGGGCUUCCUCUGCCUAAGCGGCCCUCAUCCUCUCCUCCUAUGUCAGUGGCCGCCAGGUCUACAGGAACCUUGCAACUUCCUCCACAGAAGCCUUUUGGGCAGGAGGCUUCCUUGCCUCUGGCAGGGGAAGAAGAGUUACCUAAGGGAGGGGAGCAAGACUCUGCCCUGGAGGAGCUAUGUAAGCCCCUGUACUGCAAACUCUGCAAUGUUACCUUGAACUCCGCGCAGCAAGCCCAAGCUCAUUAUCAGGGUAAAAAUCAUGGUAAGAAACUCCGAAAUUACUAUGCAGCCAACAGUUGUCCUCCUCCUGCCAGAAUGAGCAAUGUGGUAGAACCUGUGGCUCCUCCAGCUGUUCCUGUUGCUCCGCAGAUGGGUUCCUUUAAGCCAGGAGGCAGAGUGAUCCUGGCCACAGAGAAUGAUUACUGUAAGCUCUGUGACGCCUCCUUUAGUUCUCCGGCUGUGGCUCAGGCUCACUAUCAAGGGAAGAAUCAUGCCAAGAGGCUGCGGCUGGCGGAAGCUCAGAGUAACUCAUUCUCGGAAGCCUCAGAGGCUGGUCAGCGGCGGACCCGGAAAGAAGGGAAUGAGUAUAAGAUGAUGCCUAAUAGGAGGAAUAAUAUGUAUACAGUACAGAAUAAUUCAGCAGGUCCUUACUUCAAUCCCCGCUCUCGGCAGAGAAUUCCACGAGAUCUGGCCAUGUGUGUUACUCCAAGUGGCCAGUUUUACUGCUCCAUGUGUAAUGUUGGGGCCGGUGAAGAGAUGGAGUUCCGACAGCAUUUAGAGAGCAAGCAACAUAAAAGCAAGGUGUCUGAACAGCGGUACAGAAAUGAGAUGGAGAAUCUGGGAUAUGUAUAGUGGUAUUUGUAUUCAGAUAGAGCAGCUUUUCCUGCCUGUUGUUUGCCUUCUGUCAACAAGCCCUGCUUUUGUGGUCCUUUUGAUAUGAGUACAUUCCUCUGCUUAAUGUCAAUACUUGUAACCUGCAGUGGUACCAUGAGAUGUCAAAACUGGGGAAGGAAAAGAAUGUGCUUCUUAGGUCAUGAUGCGUUUUCAGGUCAGUUGUGUUGAGCUACUUAGAGUAUGUGACCUACCUACCCCAUGAGAAAUAACUUUGUAUCUUGACCAAGAUCUGGUCAACUAGUAGCUUGAUACUUAGAGCUUUAACUAUUUAAAAAAUUUCACCUUCUUUUGCAAUUUUAAUUUUAUGUACUGUUAAGAAUUUUAUUGAGUUCUUACUUCAGAUAACGGUAAAAACAGGUAAGCAGAGAUUUUGGUUUCCCAAGGUUUGGCUUCCCAAGAAACCACCUCAACGCAAUGCCUUGCCAGUAGGAUAUACUAAUAUAAAACUAUUCGGGUCUUUCCCAGGACAUGUUUUCCCCUUGUCUUCCCAUUACUGAUUGAAAUGCAGAUUUUCUUGGAUUCAUACAUUUCCAGUGUGCUUAUAGACUUCCAAACAGUGAAAUUUCAUUUCCAGUUGUGGAUUUUACAUGUUUCAAUGCCACCUUCUUCCUUCCUCCCCUUACCCCAGUUGAAUUAGCUUGUUUAAUAAGCUCAUUUUCAUGUCCCAACUAUG